AUGCAGGAUAUUCAGGCUGCAAGACAACCUGGACGUGAAACGAAGUUUGGUUCCAUCUUAACCAUCUUAAGUGGAAUGGACCUUUCCUACUUUGCAAAAGCCGCCAUGAAAAUUAUCCAGUUCAUAUAUGUGAAGGAGGAUGUCGAGGAGACAGGGAAGACACUUCAGCAGCGAUUCCAGGAAUUCAUUCUAGACGGUGAGAACUUUGCAGAGGAACUUCCGGAGGGACUCUUCAGGGGUGUCACUUUCAAAAGAAUUACUAUUGCUAAUUGGCACGUGGCAUCCAUCCAUCCGUCGGCUCUACUAUCCUCUCAAGAUCAACUAGAGACGCUGUGGAUCUGGUUUACUCCGAUGAAAGAAUUUCCUUGGGACACCCUGCCUCUAUUUACCCAACUCACGUCCUUCGUCCUUGUUGGAAAUGAAUUGGCUGCGGUACGCAGCCUCCGCAGCCUCAGUCUUCAGGAGUUCGAUGUUUCUGCCAAUCACAUUGCGACACUGGAAUCUGGAUGGUCUGCACCAAGCUUGACCACUCUCUUGAUGAGUAUGAAUCCAAUAUCUGCGAUGCCCCUUGAUUUCUUCGUUGGCUUGAGGAACUUACGGGAAUUCCAUUGUUUUGGAUGUCACCUGGGGCCGACUCUGUUCAAUGGGUCUCUGAGAUUCCACAGUGAAAUGUUAACAUCCUUGGAACUUGGCUAUAACGGCAUUUCAAACAUCGAAGAAGGGGCUAUUGGAGGCAUCACGUCGGACACGAUGGUUGGUCUUGAGGGGAACAACAUCGUAGAGUUGAAGGAAGCUACUUUCCGCCCAAUGCUGGAGGUACUCGCACGUGGGAUUGGAUUCCUGAAUGUCAUGGAUAAUCCCAUAUCAUGUGGAUGUAGCAUGGCUUGGAUAGUGCUCAAUCCAGACUUCCUAGUACGUGUUUCUGGUUAUUGCCAGGAUGGUAGUUCCUUUCGAGGCUUGGAUCCGAAUCUCUUCGAAGAGUUUUGUAUUGAAAUGAAUCCCCCCAUGGCAGGCAACUUUUCCACCUGGAUUGCCGAGAAUGUCCUUCAAUAA